GUACAAAGAGAAUUUUCUGGUAAAAUUAGUUCAGAUUUUUCAUAGAAAGCAGAAAAUUUAUGAAUGGAGAGGAAGAGAAAGGAGGUUGAUAAAGGGAAAAGUAAGUCCCAUUUGGCUUUCUCUAGUGGGAGUAUCCACUCUCAGGCACCAAAGGCACCUAUGAAGAUGGAACAAGAUGGAUCACCCACAACUAAAGCAAAAGCGGCAUUACAUUAUGAUAAUAUUGAUGAGAUCAUGAAAAAGGCGAGAUUUGGUGAAGCACGAGACACAUCUCCGAAGAUCGAAAAAGAUGGAUCAUCGGGGAGUAAAGCAAAAGCAGAAUCAUAUGCACUUAACGAGAUCAUCUCAAAGGCAAGAUUUGGUGUAGUUUGUUGCUUGCACAAAAAUUAUUUUUAG